CACGUACACUUGGUGCGCCUGUGCUUAAGCAUUACAGGGAACAGCGUAGGCGUAUCGCUUGCUCAAAUGGCGCCCCUGGUAAUUACACCUUUUGGGCGGAGUUAUCCAUCUUGCGCCUUCGACGCUAAACGAUUUUUGAUGUAAAAAUCAUCUCUAUAAAUAGAAAAGGUACUUGCGCAUGUGCAGAACUAAACCAACCACGGAUCCCAGAAGCCAGCAAAAGUACCGGUCCCUACACGGGGACCAGUCCAGUGGGACACUAACACGAGGUCAGGAUAGAAGACUGAACCGAACUAGCGUGUUGAGCCGGGGAAUUUCACUCGUUUUUCUAUAUAAAGGGGCCAUUCCAUCGUCUUCUGGGAAGCUUUACGUCGUGGGAUCAACGAUUGUCACUGAGUCACUAUCCCGUUGAGGAUUACCCAUCACGUAGCAUACUGAAUUUCAAGAGGAAACUUCCCCGAUGGAAGACUGUUAUGGUGACGUCAAUUGCGGCAACCAAUCGCAUGAGAGGACAAUCAUGGCAACAUCUAUGGACACUGAGAGCCAUCAUUGCGACAUGGGCGUCGUUUUCGGCCAAGAUGGCGUCCAGCAGACCAGCAAGUUCACAUACCACCAGAAAAUCACAUUUGUUAGUGUCUUAUUGGCAACAUUUGCUAUACGACUGAGCUUCUCCAUCAUAGCGGUGUUCUUUCCAUCUGAGGCUAAAGCAAAGGGAAUGUCGCACACAGUCACUGGACUAGUGUUCAGUACAUUUUCCACUGCAGCUGUAAUUGGAGCACCCAUCUGGGGAAAAAUUCUUCCCCUCGUUGGUGCCCGCUUUGUCUUCUUGGCUGGAGCUUUUGUGACCGGCAGUUGUGAUAUUUUGUUUGGAUUGAUGGUUGACAUGCCAACUGAAGCUACCUUCACAGCGUUCUGUUUCGUCAUUCGGAUUAUGGAGGGGCUCGGCUCAUCUGCUUGCAUCACAGCGUCGUCGGCCAUCUUGGCCUAUAUUUUCCCCGACGACAUCGGCACUGCAAUGAGUAUCAACGAAAUGAUGAGUGGUUUGUCCUUCGCGAUCGGGCCAGCUAUAGGAGGCCUGCUUUUUGAAGUCGGAGGUUUCAAGCUCCCGUUUUUCGUUCUCGGGGGUUUCACCCUGCUUUCUGUUGCCGUGAACUACAUGUUGAUGCCCCAACAAGGUACUGGAGAUGAGAGAAGUGGUUCAGUGGUUCAGAUGUUGAGCGUACCGGCUGUCUUGGUGGCGCUUUUCGCUAUGAUAGUUUGCUUUAUCGGGAUGUCCUGCCUAGACCCGACCUUAUCCCUUCAUCUAGAAAAGCUUCAUUUUACGACUCUGGAGAACAGCUUCGUGUUUGUGACCCUUGGAGUUACAUAUUCAGUAACGUCAGUCGUUUGGGGACGAGUUGCUGACAAACUGAAAACUACGAGAUUUAUGACUGUCAUUGCCACCUUUGGCGCUGGUGUAUGUUUUCUUUUACUUGGGCCUUCACCACUUCUAAAAAUACCUUCGUCGAAGCUGAUUCCCUGGCUUGUAACUCCUUUUUGUGCAAGUUUUUUGUCCCUGAUCGCGGUGUCCGCUCUACUCGACAUGUUCAUCUCGGCAGAGUGGAACGGGAUAGCCAUUGAUUUGGGUGCCACAGGUGUCAUAUCUGGACUAUGGUCAUCUGCACUUUCAUUGGGGUCAAUGAUUGGGCCUUUACUUGGUGGGUUCCUAACUGACCUGUUAGGAUUUGCGUAUGCAUUUACUGCCAUUGCAGGUGGCUACAUAGUAACCAUGAUAGCGAUAUGUUUGUUUGGUGUCUGGGAGUAUCGAUGUGGAAAAGGGAGGCGCAAGAAGAAACAGCGGCUCGUCUUGGAGACUGGCACCCAAGAUGAAAGGGCGCUACUUAUGUCAUCAAACCAGAGCUGUGCAUGGAGAGAGUGACGCCAGCUUUAAAUUUUGGAAACAAAAUGGGUAUUCAUAAUGUGUGAAGUAAAGUGUACUGCUAUUUUAUAUCAACUGCCGUUGCAAGUUCAAAGGCACACAGUUACACCUGUCAGUUUGGUUCCAGUAAUGAUGACAUUCAUGUUGCAAUUCUCUCUACACACAAUUUUUACAGGCAAUGGUUUUACAUACAGCCGUUGAAAAUGAGGCUUAUUAUAUCAAGCCUCAUCAAUAUUUCAAGCCUCAUAUCAAUAGUUGUUUUUCUAUUUUAAAGGAUUAUUUUUAUGUCUUUUUGGCUUCAACAAAAAUGGUGUUUUAAAUAUUUAUGAACAAAACUAUGAUGUCAUCCUGGGAAGAAAACCUCAAGGUUACACUAGUUCACGGUACACAAAUAUGGCUAAAUUUUGUUUGUCUUUUGCUGACUUUAAUUCAUUCCUUUUCUUUGAUCAUUAAUUGUCAUAAAGAUUCGCCUAGUGUCGUACACAUUUGAAGUACAUUAAGCAAGGGGAAAACUGGUGAUAUUCUUCGCAAUUUCUUUUAUUUAACUAAAUGUUAUAUCUUCAAUGUAUAAACGAUAAUCGUAUCCUUUUUUAAGCUUGAUGAAAAACUCCAGAAACUCUGGAAAUAGGCUUGAAAUUCCCAACAGUUUUAAAGCACUUGCAAAGAAAUAAUCUGGUCUACCAUUAUAUACUAUUUACGACUUUUUCUCUCUUCAUUAAGUAGGAAGAAUCGUAGGGACCUGACGGUAACGUGAACACACAUCAUAUGCAAUAUGGCGGACCUGCUCAACCCCACCACUAGAGAGUGCAGUGAAGAGUACACUACACGAAGGAUGCGUUCGAUUAGCUUCCAUGGGUUGUUGGGUUAAACCUCGUCCCACAGUCUUGUUUGUUUGAUAUCACACACACGGCCAUCCCCAGGUAAGGGUUGUUCCAUGUAAGCUAAUCGAACGCACUGUACGCGCCUGUGAAACAUAAUACAUGUGGUGUAAAAUUUGACAAAAGCAGCGCCGCCUAGUGGUCCUAAGUAACAUGUUGUCCCCGCGUGCUUCACUGGACAUUCAAGAUUGUGGCAAAAAAUCAGUUUUCUUUUCAUUCUUUUUCUUUUAAUUUCUCAUGGUUGGCCGAGCGAAUUUUUUUAUCCCUAACUUUCUCGAAAAUACCCCUAAAGUGAUAUUCAAACUAAUUACUCACUGUCUAAUGUAGCCGUCCGCCUCUAUGCAAAAUAGAACCGCGAGCUGGAGAUUUUCGUGAACCAAAUCACCCCGAGUUGGAAACAAGUCCUCAAUUCCUGAAGUACAGAAAUAUCCCAGUGGUUGGUUCCAUUUAUGGCACCCCUUGUAAAUAAUUCGUGGCAUUUCGUGUAGAAAUCUAGCGAUUUCAUGGGGUGCACCCUGAACUCAUGUAUAAUGCAACAUUGCAGACAUGCCCAACUCUGCCAUUAGAGGGCGCACUGCAGAUUGUACAGCUUUGAGGGGCCAAGGGUUGAGUGCCUAACGUGAUCUGCGUGCCUUGCCCAUUCGUAAGAUAGGUGUGUGUAAAAUUGUAAUAAAACUAAUGAUACCGCAAUGAUCUUCAUAUCAAUUUUCACGAUAUCUGUUGAUAUUUCAAAUGUGUAAUUACGUAAUAAAUGAUCUGGCUGUCUUUAGAAUGAUUGUGAAAGAAUUUCUACAAUCGCGCAACGAAUCCAGUGCUCGCGGACAUGUUUAUAUUAUAGCAUGCACUUACCAAAGGGGGCUCAAGUAAUACCCCUUAAAACUGA